AUGACAACGCUUUUAUACAGAAAUCUGCUGAGAGAAUUCAGCAGAAGUACACCGCCCGGUGAGCGUAAUGGUCAGAUAUUCGCCCAUCUGCGUACACUCUUCGCAUCAGCGAGCCACUCAAAGGAAGAUAUGGAAAGCAUGGUGGAUUUCCUGAGGGCAUCUAGACAACACAAAGAGUUAUUGAAGCGCUACAAUCCACUUUCAGACCAGACGCCACAAGAGAGGGUCGAAGCAACUGCCAGAAGGGUUGGUUUGGCAGUUCCACAGACACCCGAUUUUUAA